GUAUGGGAAGGUGCUGAGAAAAUGACGAGGGACUGGGAAACAUAACCUGCAAGACGCAGAUGCUGCUACAAAAUUAUUUAUUUACGCUUUCAAAAACAAAAAUAGUGUCUGAACUUUAGACGUGUUACGCAAAAAACGUCCAUUUUAUUAUCAAUUCCGAAGUUUGGCGUCGCUAUCGGAAAUUAUAUGAAUGCAGUACCGAAUGUAUAUUAUAUUCGAUAUAAACGAUGGGGUUGUUAAUUUUCGAAUACGAAAAUUAAAGGAACGCUAGGUCCAAUAAAAAAAAAUUAUUCGAAAAAUUACGCGACGAUUGUCCAUCCGAUUAUAGAAAAACUCUCUAAAAUUAAUGAGGAUGAUGUUAAGAGAAAGUUUGCCAUGUGUGUUCAAUUCAAGCUACUGGCAUUUGAGAGAAACUGUUUGGAAACACUACUUCCAAGCGCUCGGCGCUAAAUAAAAGCUCGUGGAAUUUUUGUUAAUUGAAAAAUGACCAGUUUGCAAAGUGAGAAUUCUCAAAAUUUUUUGCUGAUUUGCAAAAACUUGGGAGCAGGAGGUGUAGCUGGAAUGGUUUCCAAGACGACUGUGGCCCCACUGGACCGGGUAAAGAUCCUCUUGCAAGCCUACAGCAGGCACCACGCAUCGCACGGAGUUUUUAAGGGACUGAGACACAUCGUAAAAAGGGAAGGGCCCCUCGCCCUUUACAAGGGAAACGGGGCCCAGAUGGUGCGUAUAUUCCCCUACGCCGCGACUCAGUUCACCUCAUUCGAGAUUUACAAGAAAUACCUAGACGGUAUUUUUGGGGAAAGAUCUCACGUGGACAAGUUCAUCGCGGGCGCGGCGGCCGGCCUGACGGCCGUAACAUUAACUUACCCUCUCGAUACUAUUCGGGCCAGGCUGGCUUUUCAGAUCAGCGGGGAACACGUGUACACCGGAAUCGUGCACACCGCGACGUCAAUUUUUAAAGACGAGGGAGGAAUCAGGGCCCUCUACAGGGGCUUCACGCCUACCCUGAUGGGUAUGGUCCCUUACGCUGGUCUAUCGUUCUACUGUUUCGAGUACCUUAAGUAUGGCUGCAUUAAAUACCUACCGGGCCUAACGUGCAGACCGUCGAAGCAAAACACGGGGGGCAUGGUGUUGACCGUUCCGGCGAAACUAUUGUGCGGAGGUUUCGCAGGGGCGGUGGCCCAGAGCUUCAGUUACCCGCUCGACGUGACGCGAAGACGAAUGCAGCUGGCGAUGAUGAACCCUGAUACACACCAUUUCGCUCAGGGUAUGGUCAAGACGUUGAAACACAUCUACGAGGAACAUGGCAUCGUCAGGGGACUCUACAGGGGUAUGUCAAUCAAUUACAUGAGGGCCGUGCCGAUGGUCGCCAUGUCGUUCUCCACGUACGAGUUGUGCAAACAGAUCGCGGGGUUGGACACAGGGUUAAAAGUUUGACGGCGCGGGGACGGCGUUCUAUUAGCCAAUUUGAAUUCACUUUUCGACUUUUCCAUGGAAUAGGACCGGACGUCGCACGUGCAUGGCCAACUGAACUUAAGAGGCGCGAUCACAGAAUGUCAAUCGUGCUGUUCUGUGGUUCAAGCUCAACUGAGCGCAAAUAGUACCUUCUCUGUGUGCGUGUGCGCCGGUUUUUAAUAAAGUUAAAAAAUAAAUAAUAAAAUUAUUUAUUUUUUAAGAAUGUUAUCGACCUUUUGGUUACCUUUCCGUUUGCUCAAUUCUUGUAGGUGUAGGUAUUCUGUGAAAAUGUUUCCCCAUAUUUAGGCACCACGUACCUUAAAUUGGUACUUAGCGGUACUUAUAUGUUAAAAUACGCGUACCAUUUAAGAUUUUGUUAUUAUUUUUAAGUGUUAGUACUGGUUUUGUACAUUUUCAAUAUAAUUAUUGUUAUUUUAAUUGAAAUAGGUAUAAAAAGAAUAAAAACCGGUUGCUUAAUUGUUGCUUUUCUUCUUUACUUCUAUGGGCACGACUACCAGCAUCAUUCAGCAACUUCUUGCUUCAGUUUCGCUCGCAACAAAUGUAUAAUUUUCAACCUAACCUAACUUUGUCGUCAUUACGUCGAACUAUCACCGAUAUAUUUUCCUCUUUUUUUGGUUAACCCAGGAUCGGUAGUCUUUUGUUUCGCAGACAAAAAUCGUUGUUUGAAAUAAU